UUUUGUGAGAGGACGCCGAUUUCCCGACUACUUGACCGCCGGAGGAGGAAGGAGAAGAAGGUGAAGAACAGUAACAACAAGCAGAAUAAAAUGUCCAACCCCGGUGGACAGUAACAGCUGGGGGAGAAGAGAGAAACCAGUCGGACCGCGCGUCAGAAGAACCUCAUUAACUCCAGGGAAACCCAGAAAGAGGGAGAAAGCGCGAGAGAGGAGCCAGCGAGGAGGGCGCAUCGCUUAUUGCUGCUGGAGUCCUUUUUUAAACUGAUAUGGCUGCUGCACUUUGGAAGCCUAAACCACUGGAUUUGGGCUUGUGGAUCUUCCUCCUGCUCCUCAACUUCCUUGCUGAAGCCAGGGAAGUCAUUGGACACAGAGAGCCGUUGCCUGAUGACAGUAAAGACAACAUCACCAUUUUCACCCGAAUUCUUGACAGGCUGUUGGACGGAUAUGACAACAGACUACGUCCUGGACUGGGAGAGAGUGUGACAGAAGUGGGGACAAACAUCUUUGUUACAAGUUUUGGGCCGGUGUCGGAUACAGACAUGGAGUACACCAUCGAUGUCUUCUUCCGGCAGAGUUGGAGGGACGAGAGGCUGAAGUUUGACGGACCCAUGGAGGUUUUACCCCUCAACAACCUCUUGGCUAGUAAGAUCUGGACUCCCGAUACAUUUUUCCACAACGGAAAGAAAUCGGUGGCCCAUAACAUGACGACUCCCAACAAACUGCUGCGGCUGGUCGACAACGGAACGCUUCUCUACACGAUGAGGUUGACCAUUCACGCCGAGUGCCCCAUGCACCUGGAGGAUUUCCCGAUGGAUGCACACGCCUGUCCUUUGAAAUUCGGAAGUUAUGCUUACACCAAUAACGAGGUGAUCUACCUGUGGAGCCAUGGAGACGAAAACUCGGUUUCUGUUGCGGAAGAUGGCUCCAGGCUGAACCAGUAUGACUUACUGGGACAUGUUAUUGGCAAAGAAACCAUCAGUUCCAGCACAGGAGAAUAUGUAGUGAUGACAACAUAUUUCCAUUUGAAAAGGAAAAUUGGCUAUUUUGUGAUUCAAACCUACCUCCCGUGCAUCAUGACUGUCAUACUGUCUCAGGUCUCCUUCUGGCUAAACAGAGAAUCUGUUCCCGCUCGCACUGUAUUUGGGGUCACCACUGUCCUGACCAUGACCACCCUGAGCAUCAGUGCUAGAAACUCCCUCCCUAAGGUGGCAUAUGCCACUGCCAUGGACUGGUUCAUGGCAGUGUGCUACGCCUUUGUCUUCUCUGCCUUGAUUGAGUUUGCCACAGUCAACUACUUCACCAAACGCAGCUGGGCAUGGGAUGGGAAAAAAGAGGGCAUGGAGAUAAGGAGAAGAGAAUCGUCGACGUUGUCCAAAAAGACAAACAACACCUUCAACAUUGUUGGAACCACCUACGCCAUCAACGAGGCUAAAGACCAAGGUUUAACGACCAUUGCCAAGAGUGCCGCCGCAGCGGCGGCCAAACACCAAUACCUCCAUAAAAUGGAAGACCCCUACACGGAGGCCAAGAAGUCCUACAACCGUGUCAGCAAAGUGGACAAGAUCUCACGCAUAAUUUUCCCAGUUUUGUUCUUCAUCUUCAACUUAGGCUACUGGGCCACGUAUGUCAACAGAAAGCCCGCCAUCAUGAAGGCAAACAACUCAAACUGAAUUUAACCAAAUGCUAGGCUUGAUCUGGAGGUAGACAGGUUUGCAGGAGGCCAAGUCCAUCGCAUCUCAUUGUGUGCGGGUGCGUUUUGUGGGUCUGUUUUUUCUUAAGAGUUUGAUAUGUUGCACGUCUGUAUAGAUGGAAGGCACAUUUUAACAUGGAGUAGAUUCUCAUACAGUCGUGGACCUUGGAGGCAGCACAUUUUCCCCCCAGAUUGUUUUGGGGUAAAUUUAUUCCCCCCCCCCCCCCCCCCCCCCUCUCCCACUUAGCUCUAGCCCUUUUCCCUGUUGUGAGUAACCAAGUGUCCCUUUGCUGUAUCUUGAUGCCGGCCGUUUUGUAGAGUAGUCAAACUAUGUUUUGACAUGUUUGUGCUUUGCUUAUAAUAAGUUAAGAGCAAGCAUGCAUUUGACGUUUUCUUUGAAGCUCAUUAGCAAUGCCGAAGACUUUUUGACGCGUCCAUUGAAGCUGACAACACGCAUGCACGCAACCAGCAAUGCACACCAGAAGAGCCAUUCGGUUUUGGGCUUUACCAUACAUCUGUUAGCCGGGGGCAGCCUGUAUCGUUCCAUAGGAACAUCAUUAAUAAUAGUCAGCGACUGGCCUUCAGCUGCUGCUGAAUCUCAACAGGCCCGAUGGAGAAUCAUUUUGAAUUGCUGGCACGUCGCGUGGGGGCUGCCUGUACAUUUUCUAGUCCGGUGGCGCUUAUUGUUUUUACCGGGCCGCGUACGCUCAAUGACGGAGAAGCUGUGUGCCUUGGUAAAUACACGCAAGGAGGAAGGCUUUUAGCCGCUCGCAUUUCCAGAGCGGUGGUCUGUGUGUAUACAUUAAAUGCACACAUAUACUAGUGUCCACAGGUUCCGCACUCUGCAGUAUGUGGCUGCCCCCCCCCCACUUAUCCCAACCCCCCACGGGCAUGGGCACAGAGUGUAAAAUUGCCCAUUAUAGUGGAAGGUUAACAGACCUCUGCCUGUGAAAAGAUGACGCAAAAGAGAUUAAAAGGAUGCAGCGUAGUCCAGAAUAAUUAUCAUGUGCAUUUGUGUUUUGGCUCGUGAAGUAUCCAUGAGCUAAGCAGUCAUAACAAACUGCCACCAUUACCUCAGACUGGAGUGGAAUUCUGAAUUUUUUAUUUUGCGUUUUCCAUGGAAAUGCAAAUAACAUUAGCUUUUUUAUACAUUAGAAUCAUGAUUUCUUUCGUAGGCAGGCACCCUGGUGCCUUUAUUUCUUUGUUUUCUCAGCAGUGUUUGCUCCAUUUUGAUUUCUCUGCAUUGUCAUAAAAUAAUUAGUUUCAUGUUGUACUUGAUUGUGUAAAGUAUAUUGGUGUCAAUUAUUUGAUUGUCUACAUAUGCUUUACCGUUUUUGUGUUUUGAGGUAGACAACCAAGUCCAAUAUGUCUCAAUCAUGCAGUAUUUCUAAACAGAUUAUUGUCACUGGAGACUAUCAUACUACAAAAUACUGUGAAACAAAAUAACAAAAAUUAUGAUAAAUAAUAAUUGUUUUGAGAGCAAAUUAAUCAAAAUGAUUUAUUUUUUUAAAUAGCAGUUUGUCUGUAGUUCUGGCUGCUGUCUCCAACUUCGGUUUUCUGUUUGUUAAGAUCUGUAUUUGGUUUUGUAUUGAAUUUGGUAUGCGUUUUACACAGGUUUGAUGUCAUUCUAAAGUAAUUUCCGUUUCUGCUUGAUGCAUUUAUGCAUUGUCUUCAUUAUGAACUCUUUUAUGACCACUUGCUACAUCCAGUGGAUUCAAACUGUACCUUCAGCGGUACAGUAAGCCUGGGAGAAUGAGGGAACUGUGCUGUGGCCUCUUAAAAAGGUGUGUUAGUAACACAAAACAUGUACAAUGUAUGCAUCAUAGUUUUAUGCAUGACAAUCUGUACAUGUGUAUGUCUGCAACCUCCAAUAAUGAGGUUUGUCACACUGGAAUAGGGCUAAGUAUCAGUGAUUCUCCCCAGUUAGUUGCCAUGUACAUACUCAUAACAUCAGCAACAUCUGCGUAAACACCAAAAAGCCCAAUUACUUGUGCAUAUUGUUAGGAUGCUAAUAUUUUACAGCUUCUGAAAGUGUUGUUAGCCUUAUUUGGUAACACGUCUCACUUACCGUAAAUUAAAAUACAAGGUGAGAAAAGGGGAAGACGGUUUGCAAUCGACUAUGUAAAUACAUGACCACUCAACUUUUUAGUUUCCGCCGCGGAAAAAGCAUCAAGGCCACAUUUCAAACCGGUAACUGCAGGCUCUUCAAAACCUGAAUGAUAUAAUUAGAUGAAUUUGUUAAUCAAUGAUUGAAUGUCGGUUGGCAUCAGUCUCAUUAUCUCUAGUCCUGCAGUGAUUUUUCAAUAUUUGACUUUGUAGUAAAUUAAACACUGCACAGAACCUUGGAACCUUUAACUUAACCAAAAUGCAUGUCAAAAGUCAUAGAGAGAACAUUUUGUUCACGAUCUAAAAACUCGCAGCACAAAUGGAACAGAAUGAACGUCUACUGGUAAACCAUUUAAGUUCAAACACAUACACAAACCCAAACAAUGACAAGAUAAAUGACAACACUACAAACUUUUGAUGAGAUUCGUGAGGCGCUUAUAACAUUUUAAUAGUCGCGAUAAAUCCCAUUAAAUUCAUAAUGACAAACCAGGUGAAAAUGUCCCUUCUAAAUAGCAAUUAUUUUGUACAACAAUCAGGCGCCAUGCUGCGGACACGGUGUGACUUCUGGAAUUGAAUCCACUGUUGCUGUGAGGACGACUGAGGGCCAAGUCUCGGUAUAAGACUCAAUUUUGAUGAUUUUGUCUCAAACAAAUGGAUUCCCGUCUCAAAACAAAACUGAUAAGCAUCUGCUGAGGGUGUUAAAAGCCGACUGGCUGCUGCUAAUUCCAUAUCUGAUGCAGCGUUAUGUUUAUGCAUGAUUAUCUGGCUAAUGUGAUCUAGGUUGUAAACAGUCAUGAGAAGAAGCCGCCGCCGAGUAUUGGAUCGGCCUUCGUCAGCCUCAAAAAGACAGUCAUCCUGAGUGACAGUCUUCUCAUUUCCAAAUGUCACGAAUGAAGCCAGUUGACAUGAUAAUUAUGUUGUAAAAUGUGGGCAUCAACGAUGCACUCGCAUUUUAGCAUUGUAAAGGAAUACAAUGGAAUUAGAUCGUAGAAAAGAUGAUAAAAUGAUAAAAACCCUGUCCAAAUAUCUUUAAGAUGUGAAUUUCGGAAAUAUUUUCCUGCUGCAUCUUCACACAUAACUGAUCAUAAAUGGUUUGCCGGGGGAUCUGUUUGGUCCAUUUGGUGUGUGGGUGACCCUUGUAAUCUACAGGUAUAUCCUGUAUACAGAAGCCUCUGCUUAAGCAACUAGCUUAAUACAUGUCCCAAUUUGGCCAAAAUUACAUGUUUAGCUUGGCACGACAUAUGAGAUAAGUGUGAAAAAGACUUUCAGAUACACAAAAGCCCGACCUGCGGCCUCCGCAGCAGAAUCCAUGUCAUCCAAACUGCUCAGACCGAUAACUCUACAGCCAUAGCAAGUAGAUCAUGGAGUAGUUCAAAAAGUAUUAGAUGACAGAUCAACUUUAAAAAGAAGUAAACUAAUAAUGCAAGUAUUUCAAUGAGUAUGCACGUUCAUCUUGCAUUAUAAAUGAUGGGCUUGUGGUAUUUUGGGAAUUAUUUCCACAUAUCCGUAUCCGAGGGGUUUUGAUGGACAGGGCUCUUCUCUAUUGUUGCCAUUUAAGUUUGGUAAUGACUUAUUCGUGUCAUUAAUGUUAUAAAUACUUUCCUCGCAAGACAUAUCAUCCUAUAAGAUACUGUAUAUUAAGAGUGUAUUACUACUGUAUAUGAAUCUAUCUAUUCAGUAUAGCAUUAAAUAUAAUGUUUUAUACAACAUAACCGCUACAAUGAUGCAAAUCUCUUGAUGGGUAGAAAGCUGUAGACUAAUAGAUUACCUAAACGACGUAUAAUGAACUAAAUGGCAACAAUUCUAAUCGCUCAGAAUAGAGAUACCAACUUGUGAAUUUGUAGAUAUUGUGAAAUCAAUUGCUAUAGUUUUUGUAAAUAUUGAUAAGUCACGUCAUUUAUUUUUGACAUCCAAUAGGUACCGCUGUCAUUCAUCGCGCUCUGUGACAUCACGUCUUAUGGUACUUUAAAAAAAAAAAAGACCCACAGUAGAGACGAUAUUCAUCAAGCUACUUACGCCAUCUGUACCUUGUGUGCAAUUUUUAAACCCAACUGUGAAUUAGCAGCUGUCUGCAAGCAGAGUUGUACACACUGUGCUCUUUCUCCAGCAAUUUCACUGCAUGUCUCUACGCGUUGAGAGAUCAAAGACGUCCUCCACAAAGACAGCGGCGGACAUCGUGGACUUUGUGUUUUUGUUGGGACGUCGCUCUCUAUAUGCUCAGUGACUGGACUCUGGAUGUUGCCCUCUUGCUCGUUCAUGUUCUUACUGUAUGACAUGUAGCACAUGGAGGAUUAAAAAGGAAGUUGUAUUUUGUCUUUGAGUUUCAAAGACCCUUCUUGGUCUACAUGGUGGACGCGCCCGAUGCUUGUUUGGGAAAUGUUUGGGUGCGAUUCUUUUGUGUCAUUGUCGGGAGUUGUUUUCUCUGCGGUGCUUACACUGUGAUUUGUUGUUCGAGAUGAAAUAAAAGCAGUGCAGUCUGAGGAUAUCCCACCGGGAAGAAAGAAGGUGUCACUUACAUAACAAAUCAAACCAAUUAAAAUGUCUUUCUGGGACGUUUGGCAUCGUGCAACGUAUAAUAUCCAGAAGGACUGUAACAUAUUACACACAAAACUGUCAAACCACAAACAGGGCUAAUUUUACAUUUCAGUAUUGGUGACACAAAAAUACAUUUUAGCAAAUUGUGUUUUCCUAUAAAAGCUGCUGGCGGGAACACAAUAAAAAGACUGAAUAGCGUGUGACAAUGAAGUAUGUUUUAAGGCUUAACUGGACGACUAUGGUCAGAAGGUUCUGCAACACUCGAUCCAUUUAGAACUUGUGUAUUUUUAAGCUCUAUAAAGUAAAAUGACCCACAAAAAAAAGAAUAUGGUUUGGUUUUAAUAUGUAGCGAGAAUUAACAAUACGAACAUCUAAACCUGACACUCUGCGAUGGAUCAGUUAAAGAAAUGAUAUAGUCCUAAAACAUUAAAUCUCCUGCUGUGUGUACAGAGCACUGAACUAAGCUGAAGGUUUUCAGUGUGUGAUUGUUUUCAAUAAAUAAACGCUGCAGCUGUCGACAGACGUUGAA